AGGUGGUUUUUCUCUUUGGCCACCAGGAAGCUGGCGAGGCUGGAGGAAGAAGAGGGCGGGAAGCAGGCCGGAAGGGAAGGAGGAGAGAAGCCAAGAGCCAGGGUGGGGCGUCAUCUAGGUGAAAAUCGUUCAGCUGUCUGGAGUUGGCUUCUACUGUGCCAUUGGGGAGACCAAGGACAGUCUGGCUCAGUGUGAGUGCCCCAGGACAGACGGAGGUGCUGUGUGUUGGGGUGCACAGCUCCCCUGACCUCGCUCUAGGCCCCCCUCCGACGCCAUGCGGCUGCCCCGGCCGCUGCCGGAGCUGAGCCUCCUCCUGGCCAUGGCCUUCAUUGCUCUGCUGCUCCUGUCUUGCGUGUCCCCGCCUGCCUGCCCCGUCCCGGAGAGGUCGUCAGAGCCCCAGGAGGUCCCCACGUGGUUCCCGGACUCUCAGCGCGCCGACCCCGCCCCGUGCCAGGCCAACUUGUCUGUGGCCGAUCACCCCGACUUCGCGGCGCUGCCCGCGCACAUCCGUGACUUCCUGUUGUACCGGCACUGCCGAGACUUCCCGCUGCUGCGGGAGCCGCGGGCCACCAAGUGCGCACCGCCCGUGUUCCUGCUGCUGGCCAUCAAGUCGUGGGCCAGGGAAGCCGGGUUCUUAAGUAUGCGUAAGAGACCCACGCAGGGACGGGUAAGGCCUGCGCGACGCAGGCCCGGGGGAGCCUGCCAUUCCGCGCGUCCCCCACUCCACCCGCAGGUCCUCUUCCUGGAGUGGCAGCGGAGUCGCUGCCCCGACGCCAGCUUCGUGCUCAACGGGGAUGACGACGUCUUCGCGCACACGGACAACAUGGUCACCUACCUGAAGGGCCACGACCCGGACCACCACCUCUUCGUGGGUCACCUGAUCCAGAACGUGGGCCCCAUCCGAGUGCCCUGGAGCAAGUACUUCGUGCCCACGCUGGUGUCGGCGGACGAGCACUACCCGCCCUACUGCGGCGGUGGCGGCUUCCUGCUGUCGCGCUUCACGGCAGCCGCACUGCAUCACGCCGCGCGAGUCCUCCCGGUCUUCCCCAUCGACGACGUGUUCCUGGGCAUGUGUCUGCGACAGCAGGGCCUGGCUCCCGGCUCGCACAACGGGGUGCGCGCGGCGGGGGUGCACGUCCCCAGCCCCCGCCUUUCCUCCUUCGACCCCUGCUUUUACCAGAAGCUGCUCCUCGUGCACCGCUUCCUGCCCUACGAGACCCUCCUGAUGUGGGACGCACUGAGCCAGCCCCUGCUUGCCUGCGGCAAGAAGGCCGGGGUCUACUGAGACGCUGGGAGGUCAGCACCCCCUUGCUCCUGUCCCCACCCUCGUGCGGUGUCAGGGAGGAUCUGCCCAGCGAACUCCUAUGUAGGCUUCAAAACCCUUUUGGUGCUGCUCACAGCAGGCUCCGGAUUGAGCCAAAUGUGAGCCGGCCUUUGCGUGGCUGCUGAGAAGUGCGAUGAGAGUAGCCCUGGAGUCCCUGGUGUCAGGUUCCCGCCUUGCACUGGGCCUUAGCCUCCCUCGGGUCCCCAAGGAAGUGGGGUAGGCGGAUCUUGACUUGGUCCCAGUGGUGUCCUCCAAGGACUUAGGGAACAGCAUAGGGGUAAGAGGGGUCCGGUGUCCCACUGACCGGGUGGCGGGAAAUAAAGUCUGUUGAAGGCUGAA